UUGGUGUUAGUGAAUUUUCGAUGAUUGACAAGGUUUAAAUAGAAGACCCCACGGGCUUGACAUUUAGCUGUAUUAUUGAGGUAGAUAGCUGACCUUCCUGCAUGCCAUUCCCUAUUAUAUGCAGGACCUCGCUCAGAAAGCUUUAUUUUAUAUUGUUCCCUUUUAUUGUAUGAGAAGAUGCUUAUGCGAAAUUGAGGGUAGAGGGGAAAAAAGAAGGGAGAUGGGCUUCAUGAUCGGUUUCCAAGGAACAAUGUUUCUCUGCUGCCGCUGAUGUAUUAAUCAAUUAUUCACGUGACACACUCCAAGAUGCUGUUUUUAUCACUACUGUCCAUACAGAACUCAUACCGUAAGCGGAUGCGACGCCCAGCCAACUACUCUUCCUUUGUGUUGCGCGCGUGAACCGGUGAGGAAGCCCCUAGACGAUAAUGUCUCACACCGAGGCCGCUCGUACAGACUCCUUGGGUGAACAGGAAAUUCGGGGUGAUGUGGAGAGCGAUAAAAAGGCGAAAAACAGACGACCUGCAAAUACUGCUUUUCGGCAACAACGCUUGAAAGCCUGGCAGCCUAUCUUGACACCAAGGAGUGUGCUACCUUUGUUUUUCGUCGUUGGUGUCAUUUUUGCACCCAUUGGGGGCCUUCUCUUAUGGGCAAGCUCUGAGGUACAGGAAAUUGUGAUAGACUACUCUGAAUGUGCCGAUAAAGCACAACGGACCCCCGUCCCGAUCCCAGACAAAGUCCAAUCGUCUUUCAAAUCUUCCAAUCAGCAGCCCAAUCCGACUUGGAUGAAAUAUAAAGAUGAACAGACGAACGAGACCAUUUGUCGCUUGAGUUUCAAGAUCCCAGAGAGCAUUGAACCUCCUGUGUUUAUGUAUUAUCGUCUGACAAAUUUCUACCAAAACCAUCGGCGAUACGUCAAAUCGCUAGACAUAGACCAACUUAAAGGAAAGGCAGUCGACAAUAAAACUAUUGAUGGCGGUUCAUGUGACCCCCUCAAGCUUGAUGACAGCGGCAAGGCAUACUAUCCAUGUGGACUUAUCGCCAACUCCAUGUUCAAUGAUACAAUCAAAAGUCCCGAGCUUUUGAACGAUGGAAACGACGAUGAUCCUGUAGUAUACGUCAUGACUAACAAGGGCAUCGCAUGGGAUAGCGAUAAAGAACUUAUUAAGACCACGCAGUACAAACCAGGACAGGUUGUCCCUCCCCCGAACUGGCAGGCUCGCUAUCCGCAUAAUUAUACCACCGAGAUUCCUGACCUUCACGAUAAUGAGGAAUUCAUGGUUUGGAUGAGGACAGCUGCAUUACCCAACUUUAGUAAACUGUCCCGGAGGAAUGACACCACGGCAAUGUCACCAGGCACUUACCAAUUGGAUAUCGCAGACCACUUUCCUGUUACAGAAUAUGGCGGAACAAAGUCAAUACUCAUAUCUUCUCGGACCGUUAUCGGUGGGCAGAACCCUUUCAUGGGUAUUGCGUAUGUCGUUGUUGGCGGCCUAUGCGUCCUUCUUGGUGCGCUUUUCACUAUUGCUCACCUAGUGCGGCCUAGGAAGCUUGGAGAUCACACAUACUUGACCUGGAAUAACGAGCAGGAAAGUAGCGCCAUAGCAACCGGGAGAGAUAAUAGGUUUGGGCCGAAUACCCAUUAAAUGAUACGCUCUUUCCAACCGCCCCACCGUGCGUUAUUGUACACCAUUGAAUGCUCAUUAAAGUUGGCCAAUAUGCAUGGCUCCUUCUAUGGUUCCUGCCAAACCAUGCGUCAUAGUUCGAG